CAGGGAAUGGGUCCAGACCGCUCGGGGUCCACGUCUUGAGACACCACCACGUCGAGGGUCUCGGUCCCCAGUGAGCUAUGGUAUCUCAGCCCCGCCAGCCCACCCCAGGUGGGGACAGGCUCCGCGAAACCCGAGGAACCAGGCCGGUAUCCCCAGUUGGGUGGGUAAGUCGGCCAACGGGGCCAGGGCCACGCCAGUGGAGAUGGGGAGCGGCUACUCCUGCCCGAAGGCCUGCGGAGGGUGCUGACGAUGCCGAACCUCGAGCGCAACCGACGGAGUAGCCAGGGCGCCGUCGACGCCAUGGCCGAGGCGCUGCUGAUAUCCAGGGCGGCGCUCUUCGUGCGGCUGGUGGUCGGCACGUCCGGCUUCAGCACGUUCGCGUUCCUCGCCAACGCGCUGCGGCAUCAGACAGGGUGGGCCACGUCGUUGCCUCCUCUCGUGGGCGAGGGGUACAUGCCGAACUACGUGGUGACGGACGGCUGCGGCAGCCAGGCAACCUGCUUUCGGGCACCCCCGAAAGUGAGGAUGGCCGACGUGACAUGGCACGGGAAGACAGUCGUGGAGCGGUCGUGCGGGGGGCUCAGGCCGGAAGGCUGCAGAGCAGCGUCCAGCGGAUGCUUUGAUCUUCGGAUCUGUUUGUCUCCCGCUGCUGCUCCUCAUCAUGCAGACAUGCUCUGUCUCUGUCUCUCUCUCUCUCUGCUACCCCCCUCUUACACCCCUCUCUCCCUCUUUCCCUGUCCCUCUCUCCUUGCCUUCUUGCCCCUCUCCCUCCUUUCCCCUCGCCCUCCCUGUCGUUGCCACUCUGCCUCUCCAUCCCGGGCGGGGAUUUGGAGGAGAAGGAGGAGGAGCAGGAGGAGGAGGAGGAUAGCCGUUCUGGCUCCCAAGACUGCGGUCGAGGAGCUUUUGCAGGCGUGA